AUGAAUUUUAACAGGGACUUAAAUGUAGGUUCGGUUGGUUAUCAGUGGAAUUUGAGUUGUGAAUAUUCGGAUUAUUCUGAUUAUAAGGUUAUGCCUGUUUUUGGUAUUGCUAGUCAGAGGCGAUUAUAUUUGACUGAUAAGUAG